AUGGAAGGCGACGGAAGUAGGGAGUUGGCCUUGCAGCUACUUUUAGAAGAUCUUGAUCAACUUGAAGAUAUGCAAAAGGGGAAGCAGGUGGCCGGAAAUAGAACAGACAUAGAACUCGCAAUCGAGACUAUGAGGGACAGCGUUCUCGCCGCCCAGACCUCCAUCAAAGACCAGACAAUAGCUAUCAGUACGAGCACGGCUAUUGCUACAGAUCAGAACAUCCUCAUGUCCCUCAAGCGUGAUGAAAGGGUUGCUGAACAAGAUCGACAGUAUGCGAUUGGAUUGGACAGUAAUGCGCCCCUUGACUGGACUCGACGUGAACCAGUUCAAGAGUACGAUGAGGAGAACGAUGCAGUGUCCACAGUAAUGGGAGAUCUCAUGGAUCGUAUGACUCUGAGUGACAUAAUUACUAAUGGAGAAGCUUCUUCGCGAACACAGACGUUUGGAAUGGAAUGUGUUUCCUGCCUCGAGCAGGGCGAUGUUACUACUUCAUUCACUAGCUCUUGUGGCCACAUCUUCUGCCGCGACUGCACCAGGCAGCUGUUUCUCGGGGCAACCCAGGAUGAAGAAUUAUAUCCACCCCGCUGCUGUGGUCAGAUAAUGCCACCUGGAAUUGCCCUGAGAAUCCUGGACUACAAUGAGCUCCGAGCUUUCAGUGAGAGGGCCAUCGAAUAUGCCGCAAAAGACCGAGUAUACUGCGCUGAGCCAACGUGCUCCAAGUUCAUCCCCCCUUGGGCGAUUGAAGGGGAACACGGCACCUGCCCUGAAUGCCACCGGGAGAUGCAUUUGCCUUGCCGCUCUCUUGCGCACCCUGGGGUUGAUUGUCCAAUGGACGACACGCUUCAAUGUGUCCUAGCAAUGGCGGAUACGGAAAAAUGGAGGCGAUGCUUUAAUUGCCGAACAAUGGUAGAGCUUCAGCACGGAUGCAACCAUAUCACUUGCCGCUGCGGUCGUGAAUUCUGCUACGUCUGUGGUCUAGUUUGGAAGUCAUGCAGUUGCCCACGUUGGCAUGUAAACAGGCUAGUUGCCAUGGGAAAUCAAGCCGUCGAGGAGGAAGCCGGACCUAACGCAGACAUUGCUGUUCGUCAGGCAAUUUUCGAUCGGGUGGUGGAAAAUCUUCGUCACCACGAUGAUGUUGGGUGUGAGCAUUACAGAAACUCGCAAUGGGCUUGGCGUAAUCAAGGAAGUUUGCAAUGCGAGGUCUGCAACCAUAUUCUGCCUGAGUAUAUUUUCAUGUGCAAGAACUGUCGGAUGAGGGCUUGCAACAGGUGCCGGAGGCAUAGAUUGAGAUGA